UGCGUUUGUGAUUGUCUCUCGUUUCUCGUUCUCACUCAGAAUCAAAUCUACAAUAGGGUUAGGAGCGAAGCACAAUCUUUCAAAUUGAAACUUGGAUACUCGUGAUCCAGAUGCAAUCUUGCCAACGGACAAAUUUCGCGAGCACCGACCAUGGACGAAAGAAAGCGGUGCCCAAGCAUUCUUGCCAAGCAUGCAACCAUCAGCCUGGUGAAGUUAUUGUGAUAACAUUCGGUUCAUAACUAUCAUAGCUAGAAGGAAGAUAAUGGAGUUUAGACGUGGCAAUCUCGCUUUUGUGGCUCUGCUACUGCUGCUUUCACUGGCCACCACUACUCGGGUAUCUGCCGCCAAUGAUGAUAAUGCCAAGAAGAAGAAGGGUGACACGGACCACGGAUCGAUUGAUGAAAACAAUUUUCAACAAGGAUGUACAGAGGGCGAAGGAGACAAAACCUGUAAAGCCAGAAUUGUGACGGUGGAAGAAUUAUCCACCAAAACGGGAGAAGAUGGUGGCACCGAGCUCUGGUUGUCCAUUUUUGGCAAAGUCUACAAUGUAUCCAAAGGACCCGAGUACUAUGCCCCCAAAUCCGGCUAUCACAUUUUCGCUGGUCGCGAUGGGACCAUUCCAUUUAUUACUGGAAAUUUUACCGAUGAGGAAUGCGCCAAGCACACGGACGAACUGACGGCUGCACAAUUGUAUGCUCUGGAUCGAGAAUGGUCCAAUUUCUACGCCAAGGAGGAACGAUACCCCUUUGUGGGAUUCCUCUGUUGUCGAUUCUACAAUGACCAAGGACAACCCACCGAGGAAACACAACGAGUCUGGCAACGAGUCAAAUCCUAUGAAAAAAUCAAAGCAGCCAAAGACAGAGAACGAAAAGAAGCACGAGACAAGCGAAAAAAGAGGCUCAUGAAUACUAUGGCAACAACCACCUGAGCUCCCAAUUGUUGCCAAGAGGAGUGACAGUCAUGAAGAAGUAUGAUAGUAUCAAGAGGAGGAGGAAUGGAAAAUGCAUAAAAGAUGACAAUACGCCUGAUUUUGGAACCACAAUGAAAUGGAAAAUGACAUUGGGAAUCCAUAGGAGAAUCGAAUCGGCAUUGCUACACACAACCCAUUAUACUGUAAUGGCAUGGCAUUGGCUCUCUGUCAGGUCAUUCAUUAUGUGUUGCUCCAAUCACUGUCAAAUCAAUUUACCAGAUAAGAAGGACUUUUCUUUUGUGAAAUUGACAUUGUCUAAUUUGUCAAACCGUGCCCAUUUAUCGCCUCAUUUCAUCCAAUAUGUUGAACCACAAUGAGAGA